AUGCAAGUACUGAACAGACCAACCGGGGCUUACGGCUAUCCUGUGCGUAAUUACGCAUCGUCUUAUCCACAGUAUCCUGGAACCCAGUGCGCCUCAACGACAAAACCUGCCACUGGGAAAUCGUUUACCAUUGACGCUUUGCUUGCUAAGCCCGAUGAGAGAAUCACCGGCCGGACCAGUCCCACUCCCUGCGGAAUGAAAUACCAGUCAGCAGCCGCGCUUCAUCCGCUAGCGGGUCAGAUGUGCUCACCCAUACCGCAGUAUCUUUACACACCGAAUAUGCUGCAUACGGUGAUGCACACACAGCCAGGGUAUUCUGUCUACUGCUGUCCACCGUUCACAUACCAGGCGUCUUGUCGAGGCUCCUUUUACCCCCAAGAUUCAGCUCAGUCCAAAGUCGGCGUUCACUCAUUCAAGCACAAAGGAGGGAAAUCCAAACGAAUGCGCACGAGCUUCACCAACGAACAACUUUCCCGGUUGGAGAAAGAGUUCGCUCGCCAGCAGUAUAUGGUCGGAUCAGAGAGAUUCCUCCUGGCGUCCGCGUUGCAACUUACCGAAGCUCAGGUUAAAGUCUGGUUUCAGAACCGCCGUAUCAAAUGGCGGAAGCAGAGCCUGGAGCAGCAGCAGGCGAAGCUGGCGAAGCUUGGGCUGGCGGCCCCUCCGAGGAGCCCCGGUUCUCAGGGACAGGAGGAGGGGGACGAAGAUGAGGAGAUCGACUUCUCUGACGGCUCUGAUGUGGAUAUUGAUGGACCUCUUGAUCACUGCUAA